AUGGGCAAAAGACACCAGAUCUAUCUUCCCGACAAUCGUAUAUACAGUUGCAGCACUUGUCAUUCUCAUUUACUCUCACACAGUUCUGUGGUCUCGAGAGCUUUUCAAGGCAGGCACGGAUCUGCAUAUCUUGUUGGCCACGUUGUUAAUGUAGCGAUAGGCGUAAAGGAGGAGCGAAUGUUAUUGACUGGAAUGCAUACCGUUGCUGACAUAUCAUGCAGCGUCUGCGGAACAAGGAUCGGCUGGAAGUAUUUGCAUGCAUUGGAAGAAAGCCAAAAGUACAAAGAGAGCAAAUACAUUGUUGAGAAGGCAAAGAUUGCCAAAGAAGUGAUAUGGGAUAGUUGAUGCGGUAUUACCCUACCACAC